AUGUCCGUUGAGAUCGACCCCCCAGAGCUUUCCUUCAAGCGUCCUUUCGACCACGAGGUAUGCCAAGUCCUGCGUCUGCGCAAUGCAAACGAAGAGGCAGUAGUGUUCAAGGUUAAAACAACCGCCCCAAAACACUACUGCGUUCGUCCAAAUUCCGGCCGCAUUGAACCUGGCAAGCAGGUUGAAGUUCAAGUUCUGUUGCAAGCUUUGAAGGACCAACCUGCCGUCGAUGCUAAGUGUAAAGAUAAGUUCUUGGUUCAAUCCGUCGCGGUUACCAAGGACAUGGAGUUCGCGAAUGUGACAUCCAUUUUUGAGAAGGCUUCGAAAUCUGCUGUGGUGGAGCGCAAGAUCCGAGUGACUUGGUUGGCCCCCGAUGCCGACAUCAAGCACGAGCCGUACAUUGGCGAAGAUCCUCCAUCAUAUCCCUCUCCCGGCGCAACUUACGAGACUCCCGCCCCCAAGAAGAGCGCUGCCGAGCCAGGAUCUCCUAUUCCUCCCCCCGAAUUUUCCGAAAAGCCCAAGUCUGAAUCAUCUCCGCCUCCCAACGAGCCCUCUGCGUUCAGUUCCGCCAAGGCAGCAGUUACCAACGCACUUCCCUCGAGCGAUGAUUUGAAGUACCAGCUGGCCGAUGCAAAUGCGCAAAUCCAACGACUGAAGGACCGUCUGGCAGACCAGGGUUUGCGGCAGCGAAAGACAGGCGGCGAGGCAAAGGCUGCUCCGGCUACAAUGCAGCAAACACAUGCACAGAGCGCUGGCGGUGUGCCUCUUCAGAUCGUUGCCGGACUUUGCCUGCUAAGUUUCUUGAUUGCCUACUUUUUCUUCUAG